AAUUAAGUUCAGUCGAAUUCGGAAAUCCAAGCAAGUUGCAAGCGCUUUUUUCAAGGCAAAUAAGCCAAUUAAAGGAUCCAUUCUUGUGUUGGCAUACACUGCAACGCAAAAGGAAUUGCUAGUGCCAAGAAACUAAACCAAAAUUCAUUAAAUCGCUGAGUCUUAAAGUAAAAACAAAUAUGAGUUCCACCUUUGAACAACAUUUGGAACAGGUUGUCGCUGACCUUUACGGCUACUCGAACCAUUGUGAUUUCGCCGUCGUCCGGGAUUUUAUACUGGACAAAAUAGUGAUGCAGAAUAAUUUGCUGACAACCACAUGCAAGGUUGAAAGCAUAAAUUUUGGCAGCAGAGCUCUAGGAAUCCAGAACUGUGAAAGCGAUUACGACGUGCUGAUAUUGCUCGAGUUUCCCUCUUAUAAAGAUAUUAUCGUACGCCCGGAUCAACAUCGUCCGGGGAUGGUGCAUUUGGACUUCAAAAAUAUGUCAUUCAACAGUUUUACGGAGGACACGCUACUGGAUAAUCGUUGGUACCUCAAGCGCGAAGAGGUGCAAACAUUGAUGCAGUGCAUCCUGAUGAAUGCCCACGGUCGCACGCUGACGGGCAGGCACCACGAUUAUUACACACUGCGGUACCACCGCAAACCAAAUUGCCACACCAUCACCGCGGAAUCGAAAAGCCAUGUGUUCUCCAUCGACUUUGUGCCAGCGAUCAAGAUCCACUUCGAUGGAUGCGACUGGGAAGGAGUACCCAAAUUCUCGCCAGGACCGAAACGGUCAAACGGAUGCACCUUUAUGAUGGGUGCCAUUAAAAGCGAGAUACAUUUCUUUAAUGAGAGCGGUAAGAAUAUCAAAGAAGCCCUAUUGUUGCUAAGGGCACUGUGCGAGGCAAAGGACCUGCCUAAGAUUCGCAACUACCAUUUGGUUUCCUUGGCCCUCGACCUAGUCCACAGGGCCCUCGACCUAGUCCUUUGUUUUUGAAAGCAUUCAUGUGUCGUUAUCAGUGUUUUUUGAUAUAUUCAUUUUUACCAGGUUGGUUUGGUCGCAAAUUUUGUUACGUUUUGAGUAUGCUCGUUGUAUGACUAGUACAUAAGAUCUCUCUAUUGUACUUUAACUUUUAUUACAUUUGGAGUUGGGGCUUCUAAGAAAUCAUCAGGAAGAAAUUGUUAAAAUCAGAUUGAUUUAUGGAUAAUAAAGACAAACAUAUUUUA